AAGGAAUCUGUAGAGCAACCUGUCGAAAAAUCUGUUGAACAACCUGUCGAAAAAUCUGCUGAAAAAUCUGUCAAGGAAUCUAUUGAACAACUUGCUGACAAAUCUAUUGAACAACCUCUCAAGGAAUCUAUCGAACAACCUGUCAAGGAAUCUAUUGAACAAUCUGUCAAGGAAUCUAUUGAACAACCUAUCGAAGAAUCUGCUGAACAACCUAUCGAAGAAUCUGCUGAACAACCUAUCGAAGAAUCUGCUGAACAACCUAUCGAAGAAACUGCUGAACAACCUGUCGAAGAAUCUGCUGAACAACCUGUGGAAAAAUCUGUUGAACAAGUUGUUGAAGAAUCCGCUAGACAAUCUAUCAAAGAGGACGGGGAGCUAAAUAUUUCCAAGGAAAAAGUGGAGAGAUCUAUUGCUCUGAAGAAUCCAGACCAAGCACCAUCCAUCCAAGGAAACAAGGAAGGAAUAGUAAGAAGAAAUGACCAAGACUUGCCAAUGGAAAGAGGAAUCACUGAAAGAACUGUAUUGCCUUCGACAAAAGACGAACAUCACGACGACGUAUCUUGCGGGGAUGACUCAACAACAAAGUCUAUCAGCCAACAAUCAAAUCAACAUGAAGAAAUAUCGACGCCCAAUCAUGAUGACAAGCAAGCAGCAAAGUCAGAAAAGCCAAUAACAUCAAAACCGACUUCUCCCACCCGAUCACCUCUUAGAAAAUCACCUACAGGCACUGCCAAAGCUCCUGAAAAAUCAACAUCACCUCCAAUUGCUACAGCAACAAAGAAGGUACCGGCUACUACUACAGGUCAAGUCAAAUCAAGCACUGCUACCACCAUGACUCGUUUGCGACGAUCAGGCGUAACAUCAACCACAGGAACGGAUGCAACAACUGAAAAAACCAUGAAAAAAGCAGCACCAAAAUCAUCGACAUCACCAAGUCGUACACCACUUCCACGUGUAGCCACUUUAGCGAAGAAAUCACUGACCAAAUCGGAAGAGAUUGCAACAACCGAAACGAAGCCUGCCACCGCUACCAAGAAACGCGUUUCUACUAUAUCUCGUCUUACUGCACCAACAGCAGCUAGUGCCAACAAACGUACUUCGGAAACUUCCUCAGCAACAAUAAGCACUCAUGCAACAUCAAGAAUCAGAGCGACAUCGGCAACAGCUUCAGGACUUGCAUCAUCUACACGGCGUACCACUACUACUACAGCUACAACCACAACCGCAACGACAACAAAAAAAGUAUCAGCUACAACAGUAGAGAAACCAGCUACUCGUCGUACUAGCCCAUCAAGCACAGCAGACAAAGCUACCACUGUCAAUCCAAGACGCAUUUCACCUCCUUCAUCAACAGCUGUACCUACUAGACCCGUUCGAUCAACAGCCUCUCGUGGGACCUCCAAUACUACCAAGUCUCCUUCCGCCACUUCUGCCACUUCUACUGUCAAACGUACUCCAAUUCGACGUACUUCUCCUCCAACUAGCACUCCACUUUCUUCAGCUGCAAAGCCGAUCACAAAGCCUAGCAAGGUAGGAUCUACUGCUGUUAGUGAAGACAAGAAUCAAGCGAAACGCAAAGUCAUCAGUGCAACUGGAACUACGAAGAGGACCUCCGCUACCAUUAAGAAGGGAUCCAAAGAAACAAUCAGCAAACCCGACACUAAAAACGAUGAUGAUGAUGAUCAAGACAGUCAGGUAGAUAAAAGCAGUAUUGAAGAAAAUCAUGGAGACAACAACAAACUUGAUCAAGAAAUAGAACACACUGAAGAACAGCAAGAUCACCAAAAAGUAGAUAAAUAUGAAGAAAAAGUGGAUGAUGUGGACAAUGUACAAUCAAACGGCAUUACUAAUCAAGGCAAUCAACAAGAAAUAGAUAUUUCAGCAACGAAAGAAGAAGAAGAACAAUUGGAUGCCGAAAUCAUGAAUGUAGUCAACAAUGACAAUAAUAACGAUUCCAACAAUACAUUAAAACCUGUGGAAACGCAAUCUCGACCCAAAACUCCUGAAAUGGCCCAACUACUCAAUAAGUUUGAAACCUUACAAUCCUCUGUGAUUCCCAGUAGAUCAUCCAGCAAGCCUUCCUCUACUACUCCUAACAAUGUCAAGGACUUGAUCAACCGAUUCAAUUGAUAGAAAACAUUGUUAAGGAAUCCAUUUAUUUUAAUACAUUAGCAUAGUUAUUUGGUUAUUUUAUUUUUUCUAUUUAUCUUUUUUUUUUUUUU